CUGUGGCACCGCGACUCGUAUUUGGAGUUUCCCCGAGUAAGUGACGGGGAAGGGCCGCCCCAGAGCGGAGAGACCGGUGUUUAUUGUUUGGCUAUAGGGCCCUGUCAUCCUCCGUCGCUCCCAGAGAGCGGGUACCGUCGUGUGGGCAGGCGGCGGGCGGAUGGCGGGGACGGCGCGGUAUCUGAUGUGUUUCCAGUACCGCGGCACCAACUACAGUGGAGUCAUGAAAACUCCUUCGCACCAACUUGUUCCUGGAGUUCAGAAUUAUUUAGAGGGUGCAUUGCAAAAACUCCGGCCUGCCAACGAGGUCAACAUCUUCAUCUCUAGUCGGACAGACAGUGGUGUCCACGCUCUGUGUAAUUCCGCUCACUUUGACAUACAGAGAAAGGAGGGGAAGCAACCAUUUUCAGAGGAGCUCUUGGUCAAUGCUCUGAACUUUCAUUUAAAACCCGAGCCGAUCAGCAUCUUGAAAGCCUUUCGAGUGAGUGACACGUUCCACGCUCGUUACCAUGCCCGAUCGCGGACAUACACGUACCGACUGGUGACGGGGUGUGAUCACCACUCUCAUCUUCCGGUGUUUGAACGGAAUCUCUGCUGGCCUGUGUCCAGGAGACCUCUAAGCACGGACGCCAUGAGGGAGGCAGCCCAGAUGCUGUUGGGCACACGUGACUUCAGCACCUUUCGCUCCUUAAAUUCUGAGACUCCCUUCAAGUCGCCCCUGAAGACGCUGCUCCAGGCCGACCUCACGCCGGGCUUCAGCAUCACCACCCAGCAAAACUACCACAGCCACCUGGAGUUCUGGGAGCUAACCUUCAGGAGCCAGUCUUUCCUCUAUAAACAGGUGCGGAGAAUGACGGGAGCUCUGGUGGCUGUUGGACAGGGCAAGCUAAUGCCCCGGCACAUCGCAGACCUGCUGGAGGUCCGUGAUUCCAGGGCCUAUCCAGGGAAUAUCAUAGCCCCACCGGAUGGCCUGUUUUUGAAGAACGUGGAAUAUGAUGAAAAGGAUCUUCAAGUGGAAGAGGAGAUAAUUCAGUGACUGUGAACUCAGAACAAACUACGGGUUCCAGCUGUUGCCAUGGCAAAUGGCAUCAAUGAUCAAGGACGGUCUGGCUCCGCUUUGACUUGUACGACUUUCUUGUAUUACAUAAACACCCCUGAAUGUGUUUCAAAUUAUGGAGAAGUAACAAUGUUGGAUGGAGGCUAAUUUUUUUUUAUUAAUCUGCCAAAAAUAAUCAGCUUCUUAAAAAAGCUUUCACUAGCUUUGUGUGCGAGAAUGAGUGGGGAUAGAAAUGAGAACCAGAACCUCUCAGCUUGUCAGGUCCAUUCCUGCUGAAGUCCAUGCUUCAUAGCCUGUGAAACAGACCCGAGCAAACCCACUUCAUGUCCUGAGGAAAGAUCUGCGAGGUGCCCAUCAAAUUUUCCAUCACCAGCCUUGUGAAAAGUUCUCUGUCCUAACCUCCUCGCAAUCAUCACAUCAUCUCCAACAAUGUUUCUGUCUCUACUUAAACUCCCAGGAAUUGAUGGCUGGACAAUGUGUGCCAUCUUGGAUGAGUAUGUAGUUUUGAACAGGACUACAUGGGCAAGUGAGGCACUGAAGCAAGUUGGAGGUGAGAAGAUUGGAUUGUCUUUAGUUUAUGGAGGUGUUGGGAGAUCACAUUUUAGCAACAUGAUUGCAAUGAGUCAGGAAGAGAUCUAGUGGGCCCCAGGAGUCUUCCCUUUUGUGUGGCACAAGGGUGACCCCAGGGAAAAUAAGUUGACAGAGGUAUUGAGUUUGUUAAGUUCUGUCUCUGAUGGGUGAAUGAGAUCAGUCUGGGGUGUGGAGGUAAAGAGCAUUAACCAUAUUCAGGGAAGUCAGUUCAAAUCCUAUUGCAACACUUGGAGAAUUUAAACUCAAGUGAUUAAAUACAUCCAGUAUUUAAAAAAAUAUCUCUUGACAAUAAUGAUGACCAUAAAACUACUGGAUUGCUGGAAGUGUCAUUCUGGGUAGAAAAUCUUCUGUCCUUAUCCAGUCUGUGUGACUCCAGACCACCUCUUAUGCUUGACCGUUAAUUCUCUGGACAAGCACAUCAUUUGAAUAAACCGAAAUGUCAACCAAA